AUGUAAAAGCACAAGAAGAGUGAACUAUUCAUUUUCAACCAGGUCCCGCCUCGCUCUCCCUUCCUCUGACUCUAUCUUCCCCCAUCAACUGCCGCGCCGGAAUCCAUCCGACACCGUUCGUCGUCGAGUAUCGCUCGUCACGAUUCACCUCUCCAUCUGAUUAAUCUCGAUGACGCUUGGUUGGUAAAAGUGCACAUAGCGGAACGAGGCAUGGCAAAGGUGGCUAAACCGGGUUCUCAUCGAAUUGGUUCGGUGCCUUUGAAAAGUGGACCUAUGGUUAAGAAGAAGACACCUUCGGAACUUAGGGGAGAGCUAUUGAAACGGGCAAGCUUUCUGGAUAAUAAUGCUGAAUCUCCACCCCCCUUGGCUGAUCCUGCUAAGACCACUGUGAGCAAUGGAUUAAAAAGAGCAGGGUUGUGGAAGCCCCCUAGAUACACUGACACACGGGUCGAUGAAGUAUUUGCUGCAAAAAAGCCCAGGUUUAAAAUUGCAUCUGGAAAGGAAAAUGAAAAAAGCAAGGAAAUUCCAUCCUUGGAACAAACAAGUAAUCCGAAAAAUCUUUCAGUUUUUUCUAUUUUGGAGGCUAAGAGACAGCAAGAAAAUUCAUGCCCAAAGACUUCUGAUGUGUCUUCUCAGUCUGGCAAAGAUAGUGUCUUAAAACCUUGUCAAACAUUUGAAAAGUGCAGUCAAGGGAAAUUUCGCAGUGUUUCUGAACUUUCAACAGCGGUUGAUAUAUCUUGUGGCUCAGGUGCUAUUGACCUGGGAAAAGCAUUAAGAGGACUAGCUGCACCUGAAGAACAUUAUGCUAAUGACAAAACUGCUGAUUUGGCUGAUGGGCACUCUGUUUUAGGAAAUUUCUUGUCUGAAUGCAAUUUAAUUGGCCAGAAGGUCCCUUUGGAUCUUACUUUAAAAUCCAGUAUGCGAAUUGUAUCGUCAUCUGUUAACUGGUCAGUUAUGCGUGGCACCAUGUCUCAGUUAGCCUUCCAGAAUAGUUAUUUCAAGAGUCAAAGUGUGAGAGGUUCUGAUGGCCUACAUUCAUGGAUGUAUCCUCAAUCCAUUCUCCCACCUUCUCUGAUAUCAGUAUUGAGCUCAUCAACAUCAGAUGGAGAAUUGGAUUUCUUAAGGAAACGACAAGUAGCAUGGGAGGAAUCCUUCCGGGACCUAUAUUAUAUGCUUAGGAAGGACAUUUGUAGCCUUUUUUAUGUUUGUACUGCUCAGUUUGUGGUGAUGUUUACUGGUGGUGACAGCUCUGGGAAAUCCAAAUGUUCAUGCAAUGCUUAUAUUUCUCAGUCAACCCAAGGUUUAAGAUCAUUGCUAAGAGAGCAUGAUGUCUGUUUCUCUAUGCCUCUUUGCCAUUCGAAAGUGGAACAGGUUGCAACUGAGGAUCUAGUUGAACUGUCAGAGAUAGAGAAACAAAACUUAGGACAGAUUAAGCGAUUAAGGUCAUUCUCCGAAGUUGAUAAUAGUCCACAAUCUUUGCUGGCAUUUAGUGGAAACAACACUGUACAUGCUUUAUAUGACUUUUUACUAAAUUACAGAUUUCUCUUGACUUCACUAUCUAGUAUGGACACUCCUGUUUUGUGUUCCCCUGUGCCAUUUCAAAAUUCUGCUUUGUCUUCUCCUGAUAUUAAAUUCACGGAGACAAGAAGAGCUGAGGACAUCGCUGCAUCUUAUUGUGGGUCUAUAUGGAAAGAUGGGGAACCUACACAAGGAUCUUCUGAUGGCCUUUGUACCAUUGAAAUUAAGGAUACUCUUCUUCCACCUUGGAUUAUCUGUCGUAUGUGUGCAUUGAUGUCUUCUGAAGGAAAAAGCUUUGAAGCAAGUUUUGCUACGGAUUUUAGCUCAAUUGGGUUGAAUGUUGCCUUGAAAUCAAUUUCUGAGAAGGAGAAAUCUGAAGCUGUAGAUAGUGAAAGUUUACAAGAACACAUUAAUACUUUUGGCAUUCCCGAAACUGUAGUCACUCCUCGAAUGUGUUCAUCUUCAUUAAAAGGUGUAAGGUACAGUGAUGGGUCUUACACGGCAUCUCUGUUGCCUGUAUAAUCUUGUCCAAACAAAGAACUUACAUGUAUCUGAUUAUUUAUUUUAAUGACUACCUGAUCCUUGACCCUCCAAAAGAUUAAUGAGGUGUUGUACUUCUAAAUCCAAAACUACUGGAACAUCUUGCCAACCAAGCGAAUGUAAUAUCCAUGUCAUCUGAGUAACAAAUUUUGGCCAUUGAUGCAUUUGAAGCAUCUUAUUCACUAUUAAAAAACUGUGACCUUGAGUUCCAAAAUGUCAAACUUAUUGUCUGUAUAAGUACAUUCAAAAGAACAUGUAAUUUGUCAAGUUAA